AUGUACUCCUUCGGCGGCGCACAACAGUCUACCAGAUCCCCCCAGCCCGCGUUGGGCUGCAUCGUCGGCGCGUGCUGCGUUCCAAACGCUGGCUGGUCUGCCACGAUCUGCGCAAAUGCCGAGAGCGCGGUUGCGAGAUUCACUGCAGUUCCUCCCUGGUGCCACGUUUGCUGUAUCGAGGCGAAGGGUGUCGGGAACGAGACCGCCCUCAAUAGCCAAGAUGUGGUCGUUAGCACCUGGCGAGCCCUUGGCCAGCAUAUCCCAGAAUGCUUCCAGUGUCACGGGCGGUGGCGGUGGAUCGGACGCGCCGAAGGAGACCUCGAAGCUCAUCACCCAGAAGCUAAAAUGUGCCGUACCGGCCAUCGCGGGACCGUGCAGAUCCAGGUCCGCCCCGAGGCUAAGACUGAGCUUCUUGUGGAAGGGCUCAAACUCGACGAGGAAAUCUGCUUUGCCCCCGAACAUGACCGCCGCGGGUGUGAUGGCAAAAUAAGCCUCGCCGGUGAUGUUGAUAUGCUUGUCAAAUUCCCAGGAAAUGCUCAGCCGCUGCGGCGCCAGCACUGCCGUGACGUCGAUGACCUCGAAGGCACGCAUCUUGAGCCCGGCCGCCAACCACAGGGCGCCCGACUGGGGCACGAUAGUGCCGCUGUCGGUGAAAUCUGCCAGCGUCUUCAGCGGGUCGCUGGCGCCCUCGCUGGACAUGGUCAAGAAGGGGAAGUUAGUGACCUCUUCAGGCUUGGGCAUGUUGACAAAGGAGUGGUAGCCGAACCCGCCGGAGAUACCGCGCAGCUCGGCGAAUUCAAACUGCAUCAGCGGGCCUGUCAGGGCGCCAAAUACGAAGAAUGA